GUCUGUUCAAUGCGUUUCCUAUACGGAUUGACGGGCUCCGCGUCAGAGCCGCCACACUAGACCCGCCUCCUGGCUGUGGUGCGCUUGGUGCGUCUCUCUCGCCGAGUCCGCUUCGAACCCAUAUUCCACUGGGAGAGAGAGAGAGAGGGAGAGAGAGGGCGAGAGAGAGAGCAGGACCUUGGAGAAGAGCAACGAAAGAAAAAGAGGAGAGAAAAACGGGACAACGACGCAAAUGGCACUCAUGGCAGGGAUUUUGUUCACGGUCACCUUUCUUGUUUCGGGGAUUGCUUCACUAGUUUCGCCGGGACGGAUUUAUCCUCCAAAUGAAGUCACGUUAUUGGACUCCAGAGCUGUACAGGGGGAACUGGGAUGGGUCGCCAACCCGACAGAAGGAGGGUGGGAGGAAGUGAGCAUUAUGGACGAGAAGAACAUUCCCAUUCGGACAUACCAGGUGUGUAAUGUCAUGGAACCGAACCAGAACAACUGGCUCCGCACUGACUGGAUUCCCCGUAACGGCGCCCAGCGCGUCUACAUUGAGAUCAAGUUCACCCUUCGAGACUGCAACAGCCUCCCGGGGGUCAUGGGAACCUGCAAGGAAACCUUCAACCUUUACUAUUACGAGUCCAACAACGACAAAGAGCGCUACAUCCGCGAGAAUCAGUUCGGCAAGAUCGACACCAUCGCCGCGGACGAGAGCUUCACGCAGGUGGACAUCGGAGAUCGGAUCAUGAAGCUGAACACGGAGGUGCGCGACGUGGGCGCUUUGACGCGGAAGGGCUUCUACCUGGCCUUCCAGGACGUGGGAGCAUGCAUCGCUCUCGUGUCCGUCAGGGUCUUCUACAAGAAAUGCCCUUUGGCGGUCCGUAACUUGGCCCAGUUUCCUGACACCAUAACUGGAGCCGACACCUCCUCGCUUGUGGAGGUCCGGGGCUCGUGCGUGGAUAAUUCGGAGGAGAAGGAGGUUCCUAAGAUGUACUGUGGGGCCGAUGGAGAGUGGUUGGUGCCCAUUGGGAACUGCCUCUGCAACCCUGGAUAUGAGGAGCGCAAUGCAGAAUGCCAAGCCUGUAAGAUCGGUUACUACCGUGCUUUGGCUACUGAUGGCGCCUGUUCCAAGUGUCCGCUCCAUAGUUACUCCAUCCGUGAGGGAUCCACUUCCUGUGCCUGUGACAAGGGAUACUUCCGAUCCGAAACAGACCCGGCAUCCAUGCCCUGCACCCGUCCCCCAUCAGCGCCCGUCCACCUCAUCUCGAACGUCAACGAGACUUCCGUGAACCUGGAGUGGAGCCCGCCGCGGAGUUCGGGCGGGCGCCAGGACCUGACGUACAACGUGGUGUGCAAGCGCUGCGGGCCCGACGGCCGGCGCUGCCAGCCCUGUGGCAAUGGCAUCCACUUCAGCCCCCAGCAGCUGAGCCUGAAGGGGACCCGGGUGUCCAUCAACGAGCUGCAGGCCCACACCAACUACACCUUCGAGGUGUGGGCGGUGAACGGCGUGUCGCCCCAGAGCCCCGGUCCGGAGCAGGCGGUGUCGGUGACGGUCACCACCAAUCAGGCGGCUCCUUCUCCAGUGACCUCUAUUCAAGCAAAGGAUAUAACCAGACACACCAUCUCCCUGGCCUGGCAGCCACCUGACAGAGCUAAUGGAGUCAUCUUGGAGUAUGAAGUCAAGUACUACGAGAAGGACCAAAACGAAAGAAGUUACAGAAUCAUUAAAACCUCGUCGAGAAAUGCCGACAUCAAGGGCCUCACGCCGCUCACGUCGUACGUGUUCCACGUGCGCGCCCGCACGGCAGCCGGAUACGGGGAGUUCAGCGGCCCGUUCGAGUUCAUGACCAACUCGGUCCCAGCUCCCAUCAUCGGCGACGGAGCCAACUCCACUGUUCUGCUGGUGUCUGUGGUGGGCAGCGUUGUGCUCCUCAUCAUCCUCAUCAGCGCCUUCGUCAUCAGCCGAAGGCGCAGUAAGUACAGCAAGGCCAAGCAGGACUCUGAUGAAGAAAAGCACUUACAUCAAGGAGUAAGGAUAUACGUUGACCCCUUUACGUAUGAGGAUCCGAACCAAGCUGUCCGCGAGUUCGCCAAGGAGAUCGACGCCUCGUGCAUCAAAAUCGAGAAAGUGAUAGGAAUUGGGGAGUUCGGCGAGGUCUGCAGUGGCCGCCUCAAGAUGCCGGGGAAGAGGGAGAUCUGCGUGGCCAUCAAGACGCUGAAGGCCGGCUACACCGACAAGCAGAGGCGUGACUUCCUGUCUGAGGCCAGCAUCAUGGGCCAGUUCGACCACCCGAACAUCAUUCACCUGGAGGGCGUUGUCACCAAAUGUAAGCCAGUGAUGAUUAUCACGGAGUACAUGGAGAACGGAUCGCUGGAUGCAUUCCUAAGGAAGAAUGACGGUCGCUUCACCGUCAUCCAGCUGGUGGGCAUCCUACGCGGCAUCGCCUCGGGCAUGAAGUACCUGUCGGACAUGAGCUACGUUCACCGGGACCUGGCCGCCCGCAACAUCCUGGUCAACAGCAACCUGGUGUGUAAGGUGUCCGACUUCGGCAUGUCCCGUGUACUGGAGGACGACCCCGAGGCCGCGUACACCACCAGGGGAGGGAAGAUCCCCAUCCGCUGGACGGCACCAGAGGCCAUUGCUUACAGGAAGUUCACCUCGGCCAGCGACGUGUGGAGCUACGGCAUAGUUAUGUGGGAGGUGAUGUCCUACGGCGAGCGACCAUACUGGGACAUGAGCAACCAAGACGUGAUCAAGGCUAUUGACGAGGGCUACCGGCUGCCCCCGCCCAUGGACUGCCCCGUGGCGCUGCACCAGCUCAUGCUGGACUGUUGGCAGCGAGAGCGAGCUGACCGGCCCAAGUUUGGGCAGAUCGUCAACAUGCUGGACAAGCUCAUCCGGAACCCCAACACUCUGAAGAGGACCGGGGGCGAAGCCGCCAUCAGACCCAACACCACCCUGCUGGAGCCGGGGAGCCCCGAGGCGUCCUCGGCUGUGGGCACAGUGGAGGACUGGCUGCAGGCCAUCGGCAUGGACAGAUAUAGGGACAACUUCACGGCUGCUGGCUACACCACACCAGAGGCGGUGGUCCACAUGACACAAGAGGACAUGGCUCGCAUCGGCAUCUCCUCAGCAGCACAUCAGAACAAGAUCCUGACCAGCGUCCAGGGAAUGCUGUCCCAAAUGCAACAGAUGCAAGGCAGAAUGGUUCCCGUCUGAGGCAUUCGGAAAAGAAAAGGAAGCAGGGCGACUUCGUUUCUUAUGAAAAUAAAUAAAUAAACAAAAAAGAAAAAAAAGACAAAUAAACAAUGAAGAAAUAGUUUACCUCAUCCAUGCACUUUAAAUUGGAUCUAAAAGAAAAGAAGUUGAUGAAGAAAAAAAAAAGUGGUGAAAAUGGCACUUUUUCAAAAAUCAGACCUUUACUUUGCCCUUUUUUUACCUUUUGUUUUUUGAGAACGGGAGGUUUCGGCCUGCGGCGUUUGUGGAUAGAUGGAGGAACGGAUGGAAAAGUACUUCCAAGUUGCCAAUCUGGAGUGCCUUUAACGGCCUACAAGAAGCAGAAGCGGAGGCGGGAACAGUACCUUUCUUCCUCCUCCUGGGGCAAAGUGUUGUUUCUGGAACCUUUUUCUCUGGAAUAAACUACGGAUCCGAUUCUUUCGAUUUCCUGUGACUGUGUUUAUUGUACAUGAAUUGUUGCUGCCCCUGCCACCAUUGUUCUCUGUCUCAGCUGGAUCUGCUGGAUUUCUCACAGACAAAAUGGUGGCGCCCAACUGUCAGACGUGAACAGUGAAUCUGGUGGAGGGUUGGAUUCUGAAGGGAGACAGUGAAGCAGGGAGGGCUUGUUUUUAAGGAGCGCCUUGUUGUGCGCUCUGUUCUGGCCUUGUUUUUCUCCCAGAACCCUGUAUUUCGUUGCCCUCAGGACGUUGCAGAGAAUGUGUUUGAUCUUCCAGAGGAGCCUUUCCACUCCCCUGUCUUCCCAAAAAAUGCUCUGCCACUCGUCAGAUGAACACACAAUUUGGAUUCUUCCACUUAUCUGCCCAUCUGAACCGAGGCGCCCGCCCCCCUUGUACUGCGGGACUGACUCUUCCUCGCCACUUUUGACGGACAGGUGUUUGGACCAAUUGACUCGUUUUCCGUGAAGUGGAUGAUGUCACUUCUUGGCAGGACGUACGAGCUUCGCAAAUGCGUAACAGAUGCAGAACGAAUCUGGGUCAUGAGCAUCAUCAUCAUCGCCAAGACGAUAAACAAGAAAAUAUACGGAGGGUUGCUCAGACCAUCGUCAAGCCCAGCUGCUGCCGUCCAUCAUUAACAGGAACCCGGGCCUCGCUCGCCACCACUAGAAUUCUUCCUCUUCCUCCUCCUCUUUGUCUUCCUCCUCCCGCUCCUCCUUUCUCUCCUCGGAGCCUCCUCCAACACAGAAGUGACAAAUCCGACCCCGAGCAUCUGGGACGUCCGGCGUCACAGCGCAUCCACUUGACAAACUAGCCACUGUGUGCUUGUGACCAUCCAGCGAUGGACUGGAAAUACUAUGAAUGAUUUAACAACAUAAAAAAGAGACAAUAAGAGGAAUGUAAUAUAAUCUAGAAGCCCUGCUCCAGCAGAUAAUGUACUUUUUUUUUUAAAGAUAAUUUUCGUUGGUCAUUUUUUUGUUUGCUUUUUACGUUUUUUUUGUUUAUUUUGUUUUUGCAUGUAAAGUAACAAGAUUGAUUUGAGUGUGAAUGUGUGAAUGCAGUAUGUGUAUGUGUGAGUGAGUGAGUGACAGUGUCUUUGAAGUACUAUCAGUCAUUUUGUCUGUUUUCAUGCCACUGCGAAAGCAGACAAGAGUUUUAUUGUUUUUGAUAAAAAAAGAAAGCCCCCGGACUUUUUGCUUCCUCGUCAUCUAACUAAUAGCUGAACGUGUGUCGCUCCCAUUGUGCAAAACUCUACUCGGCGGCAGCAGCAUUUACUACACAGCUUCCUGGAAUGCAGCGCCUCCGCUUUGCAAAACGGACUCCCACGGACAGCGGGACUCACAGCCGACGGUCCGACACAGACUUGAGCUCGGACUCUGAGCUCACGACAAGCGAAGGCGGACGUCUGAACGCUCUCAGUGUGGAACUGGGAGCAGUGGAAAAUGACACACCUGCGCACAGAAACGUCAGGACGAAGGUUUUUCAAAAGGGAAAAGGCUUAUAUUCAUUUCUCCAGAGCACAUACAGCUACAGGUUAACCCAAUGGAUUAUAUUCAUUUCUUCUUUUAAACUGUACUUAUGAAUGUUUCAGAACUGGUGACACUUCAAAUACUACAACACCUCCGUCCUUAAUACAGCUCUACUGCGCUCACCUGUUUUGGCAAAUGUGGUUUUCUUUUGGGCUUUGUCUACGUAAAAAGGACCUGUUUGGAAAUAUGCAAGAAACGUUGGGAAGGAAUAAACCAGAAUGUACUGUAAAAUACUUAUUUCCUUUACGUAAAUGUCAGACGAUUUGAAAAAGCAAAAAAAGGGAAAAAAAUGUAAGCGUUAAUGUCAUUGUAUGCCUUCCGAUGCCAUAUGAUCUAGCCAUGUAGAUCUAACAUUCAGUCUUUUUUUUUUUGUACUUUUGGACAUGAUCAUGACUCUUCUGUUUUGUUUGUUUUGUUUUUGACAAGGAGAUCUAGGUACAUGUAACUUAUGUCAUUUAUUUAUGUCCUUUUAUAUCUAGUUUGUAAAAUAAUAGCCUAAAGUGAAGAAAAUAAAGGGGGUGCCGACGCGCACUCUUAUUAAAGUAGACCACAUGA